AUGAAGGGCUGUCAUUGUUUUAAACCUGAUAGUGUUUUAUCACUGAAACAGUUGCGACAAUUAUCCAACAUCAAAGAUGAUGAGAACUUUAAAGCAUUACUAGAAACUUGUAAAGAUGAGUCCACGGGGAAUAUAAAUGUUAGUUUAUUAAUUAAACGCAUUAAAGAUGAUAAACAUGUUUUUAAACAUUAUGAAGCAGUUACGAAAAAAUUAGCUUCAUUUGAAAAUGUAGCAUUAUCACCAGAAAUUUUUAUGCAAACAUUAACAAGUGGUACAAGUUCAAACACGCCAAGAGGUAGUCGACCUAGUCAGUAA